AUGUUUUGCGGAUUAAUUAUUAAGCCAGGUCAAAAGGUUAAGUUGGAUUCAACUCAGGGAGAGAUUUUACAUUUAAGUCAGGCAUGUCUGUCUGAACCAAAGGACAAUGGAAGAGUUUAUGUUCAAGCCAUAGAUAAUGGUACUGCAUAUACUAUUUGUUCAUUACAAAAAGGUACUGUUGAGCAUGCUAGCUUGGACUUAUUCCUUUCUACAUCAGCAGAGAUUGAACUUUCCGUAAUAGGAAAGAAUGAAGUACACAUUUCUGGAUUUUACGAACCAGAAAUGGAUGAGGAAGACUUUGAUGAUGAGGAUGCUUUAAUGGGAAUGUCUGAUGAGGAUGAAGAGGAGCUUGAAUUGGAAAAUUCCAAGGCUGAUAAUAAAAAGAAUCUCAAGAGGAAGUUACCAUCUAAAUCUGAUGAUUCUACUGAUGAAGAGAUUGAAGACGAAGAAAUCGAUAGUGAUGAAGCUGAUGAUUUGGACUUAGAUGAGCUAAUUCAAGACAAUGAUGAUGAAGAAGAUGAAGACGAAGAUGAUGAUGAUGAUGAAGAUGACUUAGAUGAUUUAGAGGAUGAGGAGGAGGAAGAAGAAGAGGAAGAGGAAGACUCUGUUAAAAUCUCCUCUACUAAGAAUAAGAACAAACAAUCAGCAUCAUCUACUUCUCAAAAGGCAAAAUCUACAGAUUCUCAGCCACCUUCAAAGAAGAGUCGUGUAGAAUCAAAGUCUCAAAGCAAACCAGAUCAACUUUAUGAGGAAUCUAUUAUUGACUUUUUAAAGAAGAACGGUAGAACUAACAUGGCUAUGAUUGGAAAUAAAAUCAAAAGACCAGAAGGUGUUUCAAAGAAGCUAGGAUCUUUCAUUGCAGAGAGAACUGACAUCUUUAAGGUAGAAAAUAACAUGAUUUCACUUGUUAAGUAG